CGCGGCACGAGGACUCGGCCCCGCCGCCGCCGCUGAGAGUGGUGGAACCAUAAUAGUGUCUGUCGGCGAGGAGGAGAAGAAGAAGAAACAGAAGGAACCCUUUGCUGCUGCUCAUCAUCACUUUUACCCGAACGAUCUUCAGUACGUGCGCGCUGCCGGGUGAGUUUACAAAUGCACUGCUGCACACGCUAAAAGGAAUCACACAGAUACUAUAUAUUGAUAAAAUAGAAAUAUAUACAUCAUGUUGUCCGAUAAUACGAUGACGGCCAUCAAGAUCUGGACGUUCCUCACGCUGUUCGCCUGUGGGGUGUAUGGUCAGAGAAAACCACCAAAUUAUCAGCAAAAUGAAAUGCCGCCGACCAGUUUCAGCUGCAAAGAUAAAAUCGUGGGUGGAUAUUACGCAGACCCCGAAACGUCUUGUCAAAUGUUCCACGUUUGCGUGAACGUCGUCGGAACUGGAGUUCAAGAUUUCCGGUUCUUAUGCCCGAACAACACGGCGUUCGACCAAGAAAAUCAGAUCUGCGACGACUGGUAUAACAUUGACUGCGAAGCAGCCACGUUGUAUUAUAGCGACAAUUUCGACUUGUACAAACUCGGUUUCAACGGAGCUAAAGCCACAACGGGUAAAGCUACACCAAUACCGUUGGGUCCAUCCAGCGCGUCACCGAACGUAGCGGCCCGACCACAAUCCAGUCCCAGGAAGCCUUCAUUAUCCGCUCCUGUUAACAACGCUGUAUCUGAGAACGAUGAUGACUACUACUUGCAGAGGAGCGAUGCUACGGAUAGCCGGCUGCAACAAGACCUCUUGAGGGGCAGUAGCUCUGGAAAUUUCUUCAGCAAUAAGAACAGGGGCAUCGAGAACCCAGACGACUACGACGAUAGUCGGAUAGUUGUUUCAUCUAAAGACGUACCAAAGAAAAACACUAAAGCGCCAUUCAGAAAACUGUUGACGGGAAAGAAACCUGUCGACUCCACAACGAGUGCUCCGAGCACAGCUUCCGGCAUCACCGGAACCACUGCCGCCGCCACAACUAUCGCCAGCACAAGCACGAUCAGGCAGCCGAAUUACAAGCCCACCACGUACCGUAGCAAGGACCGCGGUCGUGUAAACUACAAGACGUAUUUAGACAAACAGACCAAAGCUGACGAGUUUGACAAUCAAAAAGUAGCUAAGCCCGCCACCGUCAUCCAGUCCACAACGUUCUCUCCAUCGACCGGUAAUACAUACCGUGGCCAACCAACCGUGACUGUCGCUACCGUUGACAAUACUUAUCAGACUACACAGUUAUCCAACGCCGUGCAACAAAAUAACCGUCCAAAAAAUAAUGAUUUCCUGCGCAUCGCACCAGCAAACAACAACAACAACAACGGUGGUUUCCAGUCAGCUCGAAUCAAUGUAACACCUCCAACCAACAACUUCCAGACAAAUAACGCGUUCCGUCAGGCUAACGAUCAAGCUCAAAAUGUCCAACAAAACAUCAUCAAUUACAAUCAAGGCUUCCAAUCAGACAAAACUACUUAUUCUUCAACCACGCAAAACUUAAAUCCGACAAAUUUCCAGUCUGAUAAAAUCUUCACGACGACACAAAAAUACAAUCAAAAUCCGACAACUAACACCUUCCAACAACAGGGUAGUAACACGUUCCAGCCAGGAAACAAUUUCCAACAACCCAACAAUUUCCAUCAAGCUAAUAAUUUCCAGCAACCUAACAAUUUCCAACAAUCCAACAAUUUCCAGCAAGCUAAUAAUUUCCAGCAAGCCAAUAACUUCCAGCAAUCUAAUAACUUCCAGCAAGCCAAUAACUUUCAGCAACCCAAUAACUUCCAGCAAGCUAGCACUUUCCAACCAGCCAACAAUUUCCAGCAAGUCAAUACUUUCCAACCGGCCAACAAUUUCCAGCAAACCAACACUUUCCAACCGGCUAAUAAUUUCCAGACUGUAACUCCUACAACUCAAAAGUACAACUCGUAUCAACCGUCGUCACCGAUUGCAUAUCAACAGACCACAAACGUUUUCCAGUCGUCGACACCAUACAACGUUGGAAACUCGUUCCAACAACAACAGCAACAGCAACAGUCAUCCCAGCAACCACUAUUCCAGUCCACCACCGAGCACUUCUCUAAAGACUUCAAGGCGAAGUUUGAUCCGUACAACAGCUAUCACCAAAGUACAAACGAGGAGGCAGGCGAAACACUGAAGACAGCGCAUAGCACGAAUCUGAGGCCUAGCGAACUCAACGCCCUUAUCCAGCCAAAGCCUAAGUCGAUAAAUGCAACGCUGUCGGUCGGCUUUAGUUUUAACAAGUUGGAUGGUGGAGUAGCCAAGUCUACUGUCAUCGUACCAGCGCCGACUACGCAAAAGCCGAGGCCUUUCACUACACAACAGCCCUCUUCGACAACGCAGUUUGUCACCGCAAGCUCAACCACCGCUUUUGUGACCGCAGGGCCGAGCGGUAGUGCCAAAAAAGCUGUCACCAAAGACAAGGACUCGUCGUACGAUUAUGCGUACUACGACGACAGCAACCAUAACGAUUACACCGAUGUGGUGCAUGAAGACUUUUCCAGAAUUCACAACUCGAAAAACUUUUAAGCAAAAUUAUAAAAUAAGCCCCCAUCCCUCCCCAAAACAAACUUUCAAAAGCCUUUAAUGUGUAAGUUUUUUGUAAAUAAAUCGUAGGUUUACGUCUAUAAUAUAAUAUUAUAAAAUUAAAAAUUAAAUUACGUUAUAAUCGUAUAUAUUUUUUAACCGCGCGAUGCAAAUUCUUCAGUGCCAAUCAACUCUACGACGUUGUCAUAUCACGACCCGUCGGUUAAACGUAGGUUUUGAACAGACUUGGGAAGUUCGACUGAACAACUUCCAAGAAGCCCAACAAGUCUUAUAAAAGUACUAAUUUCGCACUAUCCCGUAAGAACUUCUUGAACUAUCGGUAAUUUUCAAGUGCCAAUUUCAAUACUCAACAGGUCCUGAUUGGCAUGACUGUAGUAAUGGAUGGUUUAUUGCGUCCAGUUAUAUAGCUAACAAUCGAAACUCGCCUGUAUAUGGCAGUAAAUUUGGUAGCGCGUGACAAAUGUUACCUUUAUAGGUAUUGUUUUUUUUUUUCGAAAUUCAGAAUAUAUAUUCUUAUAUAUAUAUUUAUAUUUUUUUUUCAAAUGACUGUUAACUUAUAUAAUUAAUUUCAAUCGAAAUAUUAUUUUUAUCGUAUUUUUCUUGGAACUAUGGACAAAAAUAAACAAAAAAUCAAAGUAAAUCAAUGUAGAAAAAUAUGAAUGAAAUACAGUGAAUACUUAAAAAAAAUAAAAAUAAAAAUAAAAAAAAGUCAUCGCCGUGCAACAGCAAAAGCUGAAAAACUUUUAUAACAUGUAUUCUUAUUUAUAAUUAAUCAUUAAAUUUCUGACAACAUUUAUAAUUAAGCGAUGUUAAAAUUAAAUUUAAAAUAUCUGUUUUGUUUAAGAACAAAGUUGAUUUUUUUUUUAUAUAUAAUAAUUCAUUCGUAUAGAGUGUCAUUGUAAAGAUAUUAGCCUUACAACCUAUUGUUAAUUAAUAUUUAAAAUAAUAAAUACAUUUGAUUUUUGUACGAAUGUUUUGUAAUUUAGAAAUAAAAUUAUUCUUUCCUAUA